GGUGAUUAUUUUCUCCGGUCACGAUCGAUCCCAUUCACUAAUAAUCCACGCCAUUACACGAUACCCUGUCGCGAUCAAUUGAUCUAACUCACUCUAUCCCUCUUGCUCUAAACCCCCAACCCCCAAGCCCUCUACAAAGCACCACCAAAAUGACCAUCCCCCUCUCAACAAUCGCCACCUUCCGCACAACCUUCAACCCCUUCGUCCGCUCCGCCCGUCCCUGUCGUCUCAUCCUCUCUCUGCUCCGCAACCCCACCACCACCCCGGCCUCCAGCUCCGGCCACAUCGAUAUCAAAGUCACCCAGCUCCCGCGCCACUCGACGCAAGAACCCGAGCUGACGAUAGGCUUCAAGAAUGGCAAGGAAUUGAAGAUCGAGGUCGGCAAGCGUCAGAUGAAGGUCGGGGAUGUUAUUGAGGAGAUUGCCCGUGUCGGGCGUGCGAUUGCCAGGGAGGAGGCGCUGAAGUCUUGAUCGUAUACAUUUGGGGUGUUUUUGUUCUUUUUCUGUGUUUGCGAUUUAGACGAUGCGAGCUUGUGAAGCAUGGCGUGGCAUGGCAUGGCAUGGCACGGCUUGGCUUCGGUGGGCUUUGGGGUUGUUUGCCGGGCCGAUUCGAGACGACGGCGGGAUUGAUGGGUUUCUGGGACGGGUUCGGUGCUGUUUAUGGCACAUGGUGGGUGGUAAGGUGGUCCUGAGCGGCUGCCAUGUCGGUCUAUCUGUACUAUCAUGUUCUCUAUGUGUAUGUGUAUAUAUUAGCCAUUGAGUGAUACUCCGUUUUUGCC